AUGACGGCGUCGAUACGUGCGGUGCGGGAGCGCCUGUCCCGCGAGCACUUCGAAAGGGCCCGUGCGUUGAAGGCCGACACCACUGAACAGGCCGAGGAGGUGAUGCGGCACCUGUCACUUUCCAUCAACUACAACCCCAUUUUUGUCACUGCGCUGCUGCUCCGCGGCCAGUUGGCGGCUCGACUCGGUUGCUACGACGUUGCUGUGGCGGACUUUUCGCUGACGAUACAGUUGGAGGAGCACGGCCUGGACCGGCGCAGGCUCGCGGCGAUGCACGGCGCCCGUGGAAACGUGUUUCGCAGAUUGAACAAAAUCACUGAGAGCAUCUUGGACUUUAUGCGGGCGGUGGAGGUGGAACCGGAUAACGGGACUUGGUUGUAUGAAUUAGGCCUUGCGUACUCGCUGCAGGGCAACAGGGCACUUGCGCAGCACUUCUUCACCAGCGCACUAGGAGAGAAAGUUACGGGCCGCAUGACAGAAAACGUACGCUUCCGCACUUUCAUUUCGUUAGGGACGUGCAAGCUGACUGCAGGCGACGUGAAUGGUGCCGAGGCGGUUCUGACACGCGGCCUUGAGAUUCAAGAAACGGCGGCGUUGCAUAAUCUUCUCGGCAUUACCCGUUUUAAACGUGAGGAGUACAACAUGGCGGCGCGGAAUUUUCAACGGGCCUUGGAGCUUGACUCUCUUAACAGCGAGUACCAUGUUAACCUUGGUGUCUGCUGCUUUCAGAUGGGUACGGCGACGGACGCCCUAAAACAUUUUGAUGGUGCCGUACUUAGAGACCCGAAGCGUGCCGUACAUCACUUCUUUCGUGGCAACACAGAACUUGUGCUUGAACUCUAUCCACAAGCCAUUGCAGACCUGAAUGAGGCGAUCGCGUUGGAUGCCUCACGUGAGACACACCACUACAGCAAGGCCUUGGCCUUUAUGGGGCAGACUCGGUACGAGGAGGCGCAACAGGAGCUGCAAAAAGCUCUGGAGUUGAAUCCCAGGUUUCGUACCGCAUGGGUGCAUUCCGGUCUGUUAAAUUUUUUACAGGGCGAUUUAUUUACCGCCCUUGACUGCUUUACUCAAGCACUAGAGCUUUGGGACGCGGAUGCUCUUGUGCAUGAGUGUAUUGGGCUUGUAUAUUGCGCGCUCAAGUACAACGACCUUGCGACUGAGUCUUUUACGCGAUGUAUUCGACUUUGUCCGGAGAACCCCGUCUUUUACUUUCGUCGUGGCGUUGCCAUGAUUAACCACGGUGACUUCCAUGGCGCGUAUCUUGACCUACACGAGGCUGUUCACCAGCAAAAGUUUAAUGAUGCACAGGCGUUUCAUUCUCUUUCCGUUGUUUUGAGUAGGCUGGGUCGACACGCAGAGUCGCUGGAAUACGCAAAUAAGGCGAUCGCCUUGAGUGCAAACAAUUAUAUUUUUUUGCUUCAGAGGGCGGAGUGUCUGUACACUAUGGGAAACUACACCGAGGUCCUCAACGACGUCGCUCACGUUUUUGAACUCGGUCACGAGAGUGCGGAAGUGUAUUACCUGCGCGGGCGUUCUAACUAUGUGCUGCACGCCUUCCAGAAUGCGUUGGAGGAUUUGUUGCAGGCAGCAAAAAUGCAGCCGCUACUGAAUGACAGCGCCGACUACUGUUUCGCCCUCGGAGAGGCCUAUCUGUAUUCCGGGCAGAAUCCAGGUGCCGCCGAGGUUGCCUUUACAAGGGCCAUCACUUUUCACCCCAAUCCACCAUUGUUCUUUUUUGAUGAGCGGGCGAAGGCGCGCCAACGCCUGGGUGACGCCGCAGGGACGCUAGCCGACCUUAACAUUGUGCUGCGCGAGGAUGCGCGUGAUCCGAGGAUGUUGCUUCGACGGGCCUUUGCAAACAAGGCGCUCCGGCAGUACGAUGCCGCGGCUGGAGACUUUGAGAAGGCGAAGUCGAUGGAGGCUGUCAGGGAGGCGUUGAUGUGUGUUUCGUAUGAGAACUUUUUUACGAUUGACGAAAUCGUGUGA